CUUACCGUCACCACGCCGCGAUAUGAAUAAUUCUUAAAUCCAUCAAUACGAAUCCUUAUCUCUCUUCUCAUUCACAAGCAAAGUGAAUAUAGAUAAAUAAUAUUAAAUCGUUAAAAAGUUCAGUCAUCUGUCGCUACGAAUAAUUACAAUUCCAAGCGAGAUUACUCAUGUGAAGGAAAUAUAUAUAUUUUGUUAAGUAACAGAUCUGGAAACAUCUCUGGUCUUCUCUUUAUCCACCAUUCACCUUUUUUUAAUUUUGGUUUUAGUGUCAACCCCCCGAAAUGAACCCGUCUCCCGCCCAGCCUCCCUCCGCCCCCACCGAAUCGGAAGCUGAACGUGCAGAGAAGCGAAUCUUGAUCAAGAAACACCUGGUCAUCUUUCUCCAUGCGUUGCUAUGUGGACAGAACGGGGAUCAAUCCACAUCUCAGCCCUGCACGACUCGUGGCUGUGAACGCAUGAAGACCGUUCAGGUUCAUAUGCGUUCCUGCGAAGCGCGUCGAGACUGCACGUACAAUUAUUGCUCCGCGUCCUUUCAGGUUUUGGGUCACUGGAAACACUGCGUCGAUCCGGAUUGUCCGAUCUGCACAUUUGUUCGAGAAGAUCUUUCGACAGAUUUACUGAAAAUAUUUCCGAACCCGGUACACCAGGCGGAAUUCAGGCAAAGAAUUGCCACCCAGCAGGAACGUGUUGAUCGUGGAGAAGACGAAGCUCCUCCGAUGGAAUGGUUGGAGUCAGAAGAAUGA